CAGCUGCGUUAAUCAGAUCCUCAUGAAGCUGGAGCUGCACGGUCCCACCGCGACUUCUCCUCCGUCCGGAGACAAGAAAACGAGACCGGAAAAAAGGUCCAAACUGUUGAGUUGACCCGGCUCAGGUGUCGCUUCCAGCCCCGGGGGACCGCGGCCAGAGACCGGACCGGACCGGACCGGACCGGGGUCCAAGUCCGCUGAACUGGUUCGUUGAGCCGCUCGAGCCACCGCUGGAUGAGAAUUUUACGCACAGCGUUUCUUGUGCAUCCGGAGAUCUGCAGACUUUCGUUGUUGUUUUCAUGGGCUUGGACUUUAUUGAGUUUUGAUUUGACCUCAUGAUGCUCAGUGGAGAACUUUCCUCGGAGGAUUCCACUGGCGAGAGAUGUGAGCUGAGCGAAGCCACGCUCGGCUGACGUUUUUCGUUGGAUUUCACAGAUAACAGACGAUGUCUGCCGACAACAGCCCCCCGCCUCCUCCCCCGGCAUCGCCCCGGUCUUUCUCCGCCCUCCCCCAGCACGUGGCCCCGCCCACGCCGUCGCCCUCGCCGAGCCCGCCCACCGCCCUCUGUAAUCGGCUGUCCAACGGUAGCCUGACGGCCCCGAGUCCCACCGACUCGCGGGGCUCGUUCCACGGCGUCUCCUUCCUGCUUCAGAUCGGACUCACCAGGGAGACGGUGACCUUCGACCCCGGAGACCUCUCGCUGUCGUCCGUCAGGGAGCUCGUCUGCUCCAUCGUGGAUCAGAAGUUUCCAGAAUGUGGGUUUUUCGGGAUGUACGACAAGAUCCUGCUUUUCCGUCACGACCUGAACUCAGACAACAUCCUCCAGCGUCUGACGUCAGCUGAUGAAAUCCACGAGGGCGACCUGGUGGAGGUGGUUCUGUCUGCUCUGGCCACGGAGGAGGACUUCCAGAUCCGUCCUCACGCUCUGUACGUCCACUCCUACAAGGCGCCGGCCUUUUGUGACGACUGUGGGGAGAUGCUGUGGGGCCUCGUCCGCCAGGGCCUCAAAUGUGAAGGAUGUGGACUCAACUACCACAAACGUUGCGCGUUCAAGAUCCCCAACAACUGCAGCGGCGUGAAGAAGAGACGUCUGUCCAACGUGUCCCUGCCGGGGGCGACUCUGUCCGUGGCCCGUCCUCCGUCCGUCGACCUCACCCCGACCCCCCAGGAGGAGCGCCCCCUCCUGGGCGCCGGGAAGCGUAACUCCCUCCUGAGCGGCCGUCCCAUCUGGAUGGAGAAGAUGGUCCUGGGUCGGGUCAAGGUCCCCCACACCUUCUCCGUCCACACCUACACCCGUCCCACCAUCUGCCAGUUCUGCAAGCGUUUGCUGAAGGGCCUCUUCCGCCAGGGGCUGCAGUGCAAAGAUUGUAAAUUUAACUGCCAUAAGAGAUGCGCUGCCAAAGUUCCCAGAGACUGUCUCGGUGAGGUCGACUUUAACGGAGAGCCGGCCAGUCCCAGUCUGGACUCCGAGGCGACGAUGGAGGUGGACAACUGCGACGUGAACAGCGACGGAGGACACAGCAUGGACGACCCCGACGAGACGUCCACGUCCGAGGACAAACUCUUCGACAUGGACGGUCCCUGCACCGACGGAGACAAGGACGAGGAGGACAAGGAGACGGUCAGGGCCAUCAGCCCGUGCACCAGCACUAACAUCCCUCUGAUGCGAGUGGUUCAGUCCAUCAAACACACCAAGAGGAAAAGCUCCACGGUGGUGAAGGAGGGUUGGAUGGUGCACUACACCAGCCGGGACAACCUGAGGAAGAGACAUUACUGGAGGCUCGACAGCAAGAGUCUGACUCUGUUUCAGAAUGAAAGCGGAGCCAAGUAUUACAAGGAGAUCCCUCUGUCGGAGAUCCUGCAGGUGGAGCCGGCCCAGGACUUCGGGAGCCUCCCCCAGGGAAGCAACCCUCACUGCUUCGAGGUGAUCACAGCCAGCAUGGUGUACUACGUGGGCGAGGACAACGGCCUCCACCACAACCCGGUCCUGGCGCUGACGGGCGUGGGCCGGGACGUGGGCCGGAGCUGGGAGAAGGCCGUCAGACAGGCGCUGAUGCCCGUCACGCCGAAGGCCAGCGUCAUCACGGGGCCGGGCCACGGGAAGGACCACAAGGAACUUUCCAUCAGCAUAUCAGUGUCCAACUCGCAGAUACAAGAAAAUGUGGAUAUCAGUUCUGUGUAUCAGAUCUUUGCGGACGAGGUCCUCGGCUCUGGACAGUUUGGCAUCGUCUAUGGAGGUAAACACAGAAAGACGGGGAGAGACGUGGCGAUAAAAAUCAUCGACAAAAUGAGGUUUCCCACGAAGCAGGAGAGUCAGCUGAGGAACGAGGUGGCCAUCCUCCAGAACCUCCACCAUCCCGGCAUCGUGAACCUGGAUUGUAUGUUCGAGACUCCUGAGCAGGUGUUUGUUGUCAUGGAGAAACUUCACGGUGACAUGUUGGAGAUGAUCUUAUCCAGCGAGAAGAGUCGACUCCCUGAACGCCUCACCAAGUUCCUCGUAACACAGAUCCUCGUGGCCCUCAGACACCUUCACUUCAAGAACAUCGUCCACUGUGACCUGAAGCCGGAGAACGUCCUCCUGGCCUCAGCAGAACCCUUUCCUCAGGUGAAGCUGUGUGACUUCGGCUUCGCCCGGAUCAUUGGCGAGAAGUCUUUCCGGCGUUCGGUGGUGGGGACCCCGGCCUACCUGGCCCCCGAGGUCCUACGCAGUAAAGGCUACAACCGGUCCCUGGACAUGUGGUCUGUGGGGGUCAUCGUCUACGUCAGUCUCAGCGGGACGUUCCCCUUCAACGAGGACGAGGAGAUCAACGACCAGAUCCAGAACGCCGCCUUCAUGUACCCCCCGAACCCCUGGAAGGAGAUCUCAGAGGAAGCCAAAGACCUGAUCAACAACCUGCUGCAGGUGAAGAUGAGGAAGCGUUACAGCGUCGACAAGUCUCUGAGUCACCCCUGGCUCCAGGACUACCACACCUGGGUGGACCUGCGGGAGUUUGAGACGCGUCGCGGCGAACGCUACAUCACCCACGAGAGCGACGACGCCCGGUGGGAGGAGUACGCGGACGAGAGGGGGCUGUACUGCCCCAAACAUUUCAUCAUGUCCCCCAACCUGGACGACAUGGACGAGGACCCCUAACGCCCCCCUUACCACCAGGACUGGUUCAGAGCCACGGCUUCUUAGUUUUACCACCGCCCCUAGCAUCGGCCACGCCGGUUCUAAACUGGUUCUAAACGGAUUCCAAACUGAUUUCAAACAGGUUCAAAACUGGUUUCAAACUGGUUCCAGAUUGGCUCCAAAACUGGGUUCCAAGCUGAUUCCAAAGUGGUUCCAGACUGGUUUCAAACAGGUUCCAAACUGUCUCCACACUGGUUCCAAGCUGGUUCUAAAACCAGUUCAAAAACAGGUUCCAGAUUGUCUCCAAACAGGUUCAAAACAGGUUUCAAACAGGUUCCAAACUGGCUCCAGUCCAGUUGCAAACUGGUUCCAGAUUGACUCGAAAACUGGGUUCCAAGCUGAUUCCAAAGUGGUUCCAGACUGGUUUCAAACAGGUUCCAAACUGGUUCUAGACUGGUUCCAAGCUGGUUCUAAACCCAGUUCAAAAACAGGUUCAAAACUGGUUCCAAACAGGUUCCAAACUGGCUCCAGUCCAGUUCCAAACUGGUUCCAUGCCGGUUCCACGUCGGUUCCAAAGUGAUUCUGAGCCGGUUCCAAAAACUAGUUCCAAGCUGAUUCCAAACAGGUUCCAAAUUGUCUCCAAACAGGUUCAAAACUGGUUUCAAACAGGUUCCAAACUGGUUCCAGAUUGGCUCCAAAACUGGAUUCCAAGCUGGUUUCAAACUGGUCUCAGUCCCGGUUCCACGUCGGCUCCAAAGUGAUUCUAAGCCGGUUCCAAGCUGAUUCCAAACAGGUUCCAAACUGGCUUUAGACCCAGUUUUCACUUGUUCCAAACCAGUUCCAAACUGGUUCUUUGUGAUGUAAAGGGGGCGUAUGACUGCCCCCCUUCAGAUGAGGGUCCACGUCCUCCCAGGAGCAGCCAUGUCGAUCGGAAGCUGAGGCGUCUGAGUGAAGAUGCCGUGAAGCUGCAACGAUUUCUCAGGUCCAGAGAAUUUUAACUUGUGUUUUUUUUUUCCUGUUGUUUCUUCUACAAGCCAUAAAACAAACGCACCCUCUUAAAGUGACGCCCGCGGAGUGUGAAGGGCUGGAAAUAGUUUUAAAAACCCGCAGACUUUAUACACAUUUCUUAGCCGAUAUAUUUUUAGGUAGGAGAGACGUUAACCUUGUUCCUUUGUGGCUCUAACUGGAAAAACCAACAUCCUCCAUCUUGAAUUUAUCCUGAACGUCGUCGUCGUCUUCGGUUGUUUCUUGUUGGGAUGUUUCUUUGCACUAUUGGGAAACUCUUUUCUUUCACAGAGAAUUUCACUGACAAUAGCUUUUAGUUUUUGGUUUGUUCAUCUGCAAAGUAUCAGGUUAUUACUUUAAAUGAGAACGGAAAGUCUUUACAUUUACAGCUGAAAUUAUGCAACGUGGACUCAAAUAAGAACCAAGAAUCAGACUCGUUGGAAAGGAAGAAGAAAAUAAUGUAGAAGAAAGUAGCAAAGGUAAAAAAUAAAUAACGAUUCAGUCAGAUUCAGAUUUGUAACACUGAGGGAUUAUGAAGAUAUUUCCUGAGAUUUUAACUUCUAUUUAUCUUCUGCUACGUCCGAUGUGAAUAUUCCAGAAAUGCUAACAUGCUACAUAUCAAAAUGAUAGAGCAGAUUUUCUGUAUUUUCGCUAGCCUGGAAAGAUUAGCAUUUAACAAGCUAAAUAUUAACAGAAUAUAUCCAAUACUUUAAAUGUGGCUCUGAUUUAAUAAGUCAUGUUAGCUUUGCGCUAACGUUCUUCGUUGUAGAGAACGAAGUAGGUGAGUAAAUAGCGUUCGUGGAAAAUUGGUCCAAAUUUCUAAAUGAAAAACAAAAAAAUGUCUAAUAUUAGCACAAUAAACAAUGUAACAUGUAGCAUCAUGUUAAUAAUACCAAGUGAAAAGGGGUAGUUAGCAUUUAAGAUUUAGCCUGCUUCAGGCUAACUGGCUAACAUUUAGCAUUUUUGAAUAAAAUGCUAGAUUUCCCAUGCUAGGACCUCUCAGAGAUUCAGGAAAUGUUAGCAUUUCACAAGCUAAAUGUUAGCAUGUUGUAUUCUGUAAUUUCCAGACUUUGAGUUACGCUAACUUUGUGCCAAGUCUUUUCAUUGUAGAAAUUGGUUCUUAAAGCUUAAAUAAACUCAGAAACAGACUUAGCACAGAAAACAGUCUUAUAAAUUAGCUUCUACAUCAAACAGACUAACAUCAUAUUAGUCCAGAUUUGAGGACCCUAAUAUUUAGCAUGUGGACAUAAAAUGCUAACUACUGCAUGUUAGCAUGUGGCUAAAGUAUUCACAUUCUGUACUUCAGUAAAAGUACUGAUUCAGCUCCUUUACGUCACAUAAAAGUCAAAGAAAAUGCGGCUCUGAAAUGUUCUUAUGUAAAAAAGUAAAACUUUUUUCCUUUUUUGUCAUUGAUGAAACAUCCACGUUACGUCUUUUACGUCUUUUCAUCCACGGAGGUUAAAACAUAACGAGCCUGUUUUUCCAAUGGAAGGAGUAGAAAGUUCAGGUAUUUGUGUACGAACGUAGGGAGUGAAAGUAAAAAGUCGUAGCACAGAUACGUGAUAAUCUACUUCCACCUCCUGUUAACGUCGUAUUUCUCGGGUUAUUUUAAGACUCUCGAAGCUUUUGCAGAAGAACAAACCAAGUUAUUUUCAGAGUGAUCGUUUCUGAAUUUGUGGAUGAAGAUGAACUGAGAUUCGAGCUGCUAUUUGUCUCUUUGUCUAUUCUGAACUCUAAAGUGUCGUCGAUCCUGAUCUGACUCCAGCCUGAGAAUUUAUUUCACAUGUUUUAUAUUUUUGCAAGAAAUGUUUGGUGGAGGAUCCCGAUGGGAAAAUAUUAAAAACUUUGGGGAACAAA